AUGACAGGGGUGAUAAGAUUAAGGAUGACAGGGGUGAUAAGAUUAAGAAUGUCUUAUCAAAGCACUAUGGUAUUUUGAUAUUCAUGACAAUCCCUCAAAGGACUCUGUGAUCACCAGUCAGUUGAAGUUUAAGUAAAAAUUGUCAUCUCUGCUCUGCUCUGCUCUGUCCAGUACCAACUCUACCUGCUCUGUUCUGUCCAGUACCAACUCUACCUGCUCUGUUCUGUCCAGUACCAACUCUACCUGCUCUGCUCUGUCCAGUACCAACUCUACCUGCUCUGUUCUGUCCAGUACCAACUCUACCUGCUCUGUUCUGUCCAGUCCCAACUCUACCUGCUCUGUUCUGUCCAGUACCAACUCUACCUGCUCUGCUCUGUCCAGUACCAACUCUACCUGCUCUGUUCUGUCCAGUACCAACUCUACCUGCUCUGUUCUGUCCAGUACCAACUCUACCUGCUCUGCUCUGUCCAGUACCAACUCUACCUGCUCUGUUCUGUCCAGUACCAACUCUACCUGCUCUGUUCUGUCCAGUCCCAACUCUACCUGAUCUGUUCUGUCCAGUCCCAACUCUACCUGCUCUGUUCUGUCCAGUACCAACUCUACCUGCUCUGUUCUGUCCAGUACCAACUCUACCUGCUCUGUUCUGUCCAGUCCCAACUCUACCUGCUCUGUUCUGUCCAGUACCAACUCUACCUGCUCUGUUCUGUCCAGUACCAACUCUACCUGCCUCUGUUCUGUCCAGUCCCCAACUCUACCUGCUCUGUUUCUGUCCAGUACCAACUCUACCUGCUCUGUUCUGUCCAGUACCAACUCUACCUGCUCUGUUCUGUCCAGUACCAACUCUACCUGCUCUGUUCUGUCCAGUCCCAACUCUACCUGCUCUGUUCUGUCCAGUACCAACUCGACCUGCUCUGCUCUGUCCAGUACCAACUCUACCUGCUCUGUUCUGUCCAGUCCCAACUCUACCUGCUCUGUUCUGUCCAGUACCAACUCUACCUGCUCUGUUCUGUCCAGUCCCAACUCCACCUGCUCUGUUCUGUCCAGUACCAACUCUACCUGCUCUGUUCUGUCCAGUCCCAACUCUACCUGCUCUGUUCUGUCCAGUACCAACUCUACCUGCUCUGUUCUGUCCAGUACCAACUCUACCUGCUCUGUUCUGUCCAGUCCCAACUCUACCUGCUCUGUUCUGUCCAGUACCAACUCUACCUGCUCUGUUCUGUCCAGUACCAACUCUACCUGCUCCGUUCUGUCCAGUACCAACUCUACCUGCUCUGUUCUGUCCAGUACCAACUCUACCUGCUCUGUUCUGUCCAGUCCCAACUCUACCUGCUCUGCUCUGUCCAGUACCAACUCUACCUGCUCUGCUCUGUCCAGUACCAACUCUACCUGCUCUGUUCUGUCCAGUCCCAACUCUACCUGCUCUGUUCUGUCCAGUACCAACUCUACCUGCUCUGUUCUAUCCAGUCCCAACUCUACCUGCUCUGUUCUGUCCAGUACCAACUCUACCUGCUCUGUUCUGUCCAGUACCAACUCUACCUGCUCCGUUCUGUCCAGUACCAACUCUACCUGCUCUGUUCUGUCCAGUACCAACUCUACCUGCUCUGUUCUGUCCAGUCCCAACUCUACCUGCUCUGCUCUGUCCAGUACCAACUCUACCUGCUCUGCUCUGUCCAUACCAACUCUACCUGCUCUGUUCUGUCCAGUCCCAACUCUACCUGCUCUGUUCUGUCCAGUACCAACUCUACCUGCUCUGUUCUAAUCCAGUCCCAACUCUACCUGCUCUGUUCUGUCCAGUACCCAACUCUACCUGCUCUGUUCUGUCCAGUCCCAACUCUACCUGCUCUGUUCUGUCCAGUACCAACUCUACCUGCUCUGUUCUGUCCAGUACCAACUCUACCUGCUCUGUUCUGUCCAGUCCCAACUCUACCUGCUCUGUUCUGUCCAGUACCAACUCUACCUGCUCUGUUCUGUCCAGUACCAACUCUACCUGCUCUGUUCUGUCCAGUCCCAACUCUACCUGCUCUGUUCUGUCCAGUACCAACUCGACCUGCUCUGCUCUGUCCAGUACCAACUCUACCUGCUCUGUUCUGUCCCAGUCCCAACUCUACCUGCUCUGUUUCUGUCCAGUACCAACUCUACCUGCUCUGUUCUGUCCAGUCCCAACUCCACCUGCUCUGUUCUGUCCAGUACCAACUCUACCUGCUCUGUUCUGUCCAGUCCCAACUCUACCUGCUCUGUUCUGUCCAGUACCAACUCUACCUGCUCUGUUCUGUCCAGUACCAACUCUACCUGCUCUGUUCUGUCCAGUCCCAACUCUACCUGCUCUGUUCUGUCCAGUACCAACUCUACCUGCUCUGUUCUGUCCAGUACCAACUCUACCUGCUCCGUUCUGUCCAGUACCAACUCUACCUGCUCUGUUCUGUCCAGUACCAACUCUACCUGCUCUGUUCUGUCCAGUCCCAACUCUACCUGCUCUGCUCUGUCCAGUACCAACUCUACCUGCUCUGCUCUGUCCAGUACCAACUCUACCUGCUCUGUUCUGUCCAGUCCCAACUCUACCUGCUCUGUUCUGUCCAGUACCAACUCUACCUGCUCUGUUCUAUCCAGUCCCAACUCUACCUGCUCUGUUCUGUCCAGUACCAACUCUACCUGCUCUGUUCUGUCCAGUACCAACUCUACCUGCUCUGUUCUGUCUAUACUCACCUCCAUCUUGGUUUGUAUCCAGGGCCCGAUGACAUUGGCUUGGUUGGCAAACUGCCUCCGGAGACGUUCGUUGUUCUGCUGGCGGGCGUGUUCCUCGAUCAGGGCCUGGUCCCUCUGGGGCACCAGCUGUCUCACCUGGGGGGGCGGGGGGGGGGUGGGGUGGCGGGGGGGGGGGACAGGAGAAAGGGUUCCAGUCAUAAAGGAAAGGGGCUUGCCCAGGGCACUGGAUGUACACUGUUAGCACAUUUUAGACCAUUCCAUCGGUCCUAA